GCUGCUGAGAUUUAACGCUUCAGCACCUGCUGCCACUGAGGGAAGCCGUAUCAAGGCUUCGAUUUUUUUUUCUCUAUCCUUGGUACCACAUACCACCGCAACCGUGUCUCGCCAGCGAGCCACCAGGAUGUCCAAGGUAGCCAAAUACCGGCGACAAGUUAGCGAAGAUCCAGAUAUUGAUAGUUUGUUGUCCACUCUGUCUCCAGAGGAGAUGGAAGAGCUGGAAAAGGAGCUGGAUGUGGUGGAUCCAGAUGGAAGCAUCCCUCUGGAGCUCGAGCAGAGCAGCCAAACAGAAAAGCGCCCAGCUGGCCCGCACAGCCGCGACACAGCGCUCAAUCGCUGUGACAAGGAGCCCAAGAAAAUUAUUCAGCGGGAACUCUCGGUAGACGAAAGCAGAUCAACAGAGAAGAAGAAGGAAGCGAAGAAUGGAGAAGAAAAGGGAAAGGAAGCUCCUUCCAAAGACCUGGCCCAGAAACGAAAUACAGAAGCGGGGAAAGACUCUAAAAAGGAAGAAAGUGUUAAGAAAACAGACCCAAAAGUUAAAGCUGAGCCUGAGAGAAAACCCAAAGAGGAGAAAGCCAUCAAUGACAAAGUCAAGGCUAUGGAGAAAAAACUGAUGGGGAAGGAUAAAAAGGAGGAAGAGAAGGGUUCAGUGUUAAAGAAGGAUGCAGAGAAGGAUAAAAAGGAAGAAGAGAAGGGUUCAGCAUUGAAGAAGGACACAGGGAAGGACAAAAAGGAAGAGAAGGGUUCAGCAUUAAAGAAGGACACAGGGAAGGACAAAAAGGAGGAAGAGAAGGGUUCAGCAUUGAAGAAGGACACGGGGAAGGACAAGAAGGAAGAGAAAGGUUCAGCAUUAAAGAAGGAUGCAGGAAAGGAUAAAAAGGAAGACGAGAAGAGUUUGGGAUCAAAGAAAGAGGUAGGAAAAGAUACAAAAGGAGAAGAUAAGAAAGAAAAGGAUAGAAAAGAAGAAAAGAAUUCAGCUUUGAAGAAAUCGAAGGCUGAUGAAAAGGGUAAAUCCCAGCCAGAGCCAGAAAAGGCAGGAGAGGAGAAAGCCGCUUCAGAACAGGAAGCCGAAACGACCACGGAGGCUGAGAGCAGCACCUCCAAGACCACCAGCAGCCCCCCAGAACAGACCAAGGAUGACGAGGCCUCCAGCAUUUUCGAUGAGCUUAUUGAGAAAGUGAAGAACAACGAUGCUGAGGUCACAGAAGUGAAUGUGAACAACUCGGACUGCAUCAACAACGAGACCCUGGUGCGCUUCACUGAGGCCCUGGAGUUCAACACCGUGGUCAAAGUGUUUGCGCUGGCCAACACCCGUGCUGAUGACCACGUGGCCUUUGCCAUCGCCAUCAUGCUGAAGGCCAACAAGGUGCUGACGAGCAUCAACCUGGACUCGAACCACAUCACCGGCAAGGGCAUCCUGGCCAUUUUCCGGGCACUGCUGCAGAACAACACGCUGACGGAGCUGCGUUUCCACAACCAGCGGCACAUCUGCGGGGGGAAGACGGAGAUGGAGAUUGCCAAACUCUUGAAGGAAAACACUACCCUCCUGAAAUUGGGCUACCAUUUUGAGCUGGCUGGGCCUCGCAUGACAGUCACCAACCUGCUAAGCCGAAAUAUGGACAAACAGAGGCAGAAACGCCUCCAGGAGCAGAAACUGGCACAGGAACGUGCAGAGAAGAAAGACCUCCUGGAGGUGCCCAAGCCCGGAGCCCUGCCAAAGGGAUCCCCCAAGCCUUCCCCGCAGCCAUCCCCCAAGUCUUCCCCCAAAAACACUCCGAAGAAAGGGGGGGCGCCCGCUGCGCCACCUCCACCCCCUCCUCCGCUCGCCCCGCCGCUGAUCACUGAGAACCUGAGGAACUCGCUAUCACCGGCCACGCAGAGAAAGAUGGCAGAUCGGGCACUGCCAGCCCAGGAGAAGAACUCGCGGGAUCAGCUCCUGGCAGCCAUCCGCUCCAGCAACCUCAAACAGCUCAAGAAGGUGGAGGUACCAAAGCUGCUGCAGUAGGGAGCGGGAUGGCUCUGCCACAUGCAGCCCAGUGUGGCAGACCCCAGGACACUCGCCUUUCUCGUGACCGUUUCCAUGACAAGCCCUUUGGGACCCUGCAGUGACUGAUGCCGAGGAGCAGUGAUCUCUCUGGGACUGACGGAGGAGGGACCGGGCCCGAGGAGGGCCAGCACGGUCAUUUGAUGCAGUGUGUGAGGAAGACGUUGUAUUUAUUAUUUUUACAUUUGUGAAGCCCUAAAGCUCUUUCUUUUGCCAGCACCAUGCCCCGCUCCGUCCGGCCACCUGGAGAUGCUGAGGCUAGAGGAUGGGUCGCAAAAUCUUGGGGAUGGUGGGUCACUCCUGUUUCCGCCCAGAGCUCUCGGACGUCCAACGGAAGACACCGGCUCAGCUUUGCUAAUGGCACCCUGUCACAUCCGUGUCCACGCACGGGCCUCGGCCCCGUGUGGCUCUGUGUGUGGAUAGCAGCAGGUGCACAGGGAAACCUCUGCCAAGAGGGAGCGAGCAGGGGACUGGGCUGAGCUCCCACCUCCGGCUCUGCAGCAGUGGGACAGGGGACAAGGUAGCCCAGGAGGAUGACACAUAGGCAGCUCCCUCCACCUCUCUGUAUCAGCAUCUCCAGGCCCCUGGGGGCUGGGGACCGCUAGACCAUUGUCACUGCUGGCUUCCCACCUUGGCUUCCCACAGGGUCUCUGAAGGUCUCGGGGCUCUGGCACAGGCAUCGAGGUUGCCAGGCCCCAGAGGUCGGGCUCGAUGGCAGGAGGCGUUUGUUGCAUGCGGUGGGGGUUAAGAGGAGCAGCCAGGAAGAGAGAGGUGAUGAUGGAGAGGGAGAUGGAGCAGGAGAUGGAGCCGAGCUGCGACAGCCUGGAGCAGAGAGGGCUCUGGGCGUCGCGGCCGGAGGGGCUGCAGCUGCGCGGGGCUGGUGGCGGCCUCCUCGCUUCCUUUCACCGCUCAUGGUGCCUUUGGGAAGGUCAGAGCCCCGGGCUAGCCAGGCCAUGUCCCCCCUCCCCAGCGCUGUCCUUACGCCCGGGGGUGGAGCAGCAGGGCUUGCUGCCACGUAGCUUACCACCAGCGAGCUUUGCUUCAGCGAAAGCCAAAGCCCCCGCAGCGUUUUAAGCAAUCUCUUUAGAAAAAAGCAAAGCGGCCCCAGCCCGUCCCCUCCUGAGAGCUUUCGGAGUGCCAAGGCUAUGAUUUUUCACUCUGAAAAGACCAUUAGUCGCAGAGAGGAUUUUUAAGAGUUCAGACAGGCCAAAUGUCACCUCUGGGGCGCUGCAGCCCACUCCAUCCAUUUGCGAAGUUUGGCUUUUGGGUCCAGUUUGGGCUUUUCUUUUCCCCCAUCCUGUCCCACCACCUUCUGCCACCCUGACCCACCACCUUCUGCUAGA